AUGCCUCGGGAGAUUAUCACGAUACAGGCUGGGCAAUGUGGCAACAGUAUAGCCAGUCAGUUUUGGCAGCACCUGUGCCUAGAGCAUGGUAUCAGCCGUGAUGGGACAAUCGAAGACUUCGCAGCGAAUGAUUCUCACGAUCGCAAAGAUGUCUUCUUCUACCAGUCAGACGACACACGAUACAUACCACGGGCGAUCCUGGUCGACCUCGAGCCCCGCGUGCUGAAUAGCAUCCAGACAGGACCAUACAAGAACAUAUAUAACCCAGAAAACUUCUUUUUGGGCGAACAAGGGAGCGGAGCAGGAAAUAACUGGGCAGCAGGCUAUGCGGCUGGCGAUAGAGUACAAGAAGAGAUCUUUGAUAUGAUUGAUCGUGAAGCUGAUGGGUCUGACUCGCUUGAGGGGUUCAUGCUUCUGCACUCGAUCGCUGGUGGUACUGGAUCUGGGCUCGGCUCUUACCUCCUGGAAAGAAUGAACGAUCGAUUCCCUAAGAAGAUAAUACAGACAUACUCUGUUUUUCCAGACACUGCAACUGGCGACGUUGUAGUGAACCCUUACAACUCCCUGCUUUCGUUACGACGUCUGACACAGAAUGCCGACAGUGUGGUGGUUCUGGAUAAUGGUGCCCUUACCCGAAUAGCUGCGGAUAGAUUACACGUCCAGGAACCGUCCUUCCAGCAGGUCAAUCAGCUAGUCAGCACAGUCAUGGCAGCUUCGACCACCACACUACGCUAUCCAGGCUACAUGCACAACGAUCUGGUAGGUAUCAUAGCCUCCCUCAUCCCUACACCACGCUGCCACUUUCUAACAACGUCUUACACACCCUUUACUGGCGACGAUGUCUCUCAAGCCAAGACUGUUCGCAAAACAACAGUGCUGGACGUCAUGCGACGACUUCUCCAGCCAAAGAAUCGCAUGGUCUCUAUUACACCAUCAAAGCAGUCCUGCUACAUCAGCAUAUUAAACAUAAUACAAGGACAAGACCUCGAUCCGACGGAUGUGCACAAGUCCUUGCUAAGAAUACGAGAACGACGCAUGGCGACUUUCAUACCCUGGGGCCCUGCAUCGAUACAGGUUGCUCUGACACGAAAAUCUCCCUACCUGCCGAAUACACAUAGAGUAUCGGGGUUGAUGCUCGCUAAUCACACAAGUGUAGCAACACUUUUCCGCAGGAUAGUGGUUCAGUAUGAGAAAAUGAGAAAGCGCAACGCCUACCUCGAGCAAUACAAGAAAGAAGCUCCGUUCGCAGACGGUUUAGGAGAAUUUGAUGAGGCGAGAGAAGUGGUAGGGGGUCUGAUCGCAGAAUAUGAGGCUGCUGAAAGAGAUGACUAUCUUGACCCACAAACAGACUCUGGCAAAGCAGAAGGUUCUUGA